CCUGCACCAUACCUCAAAAAUUACACCCUCCCCACCACAACCCAUCGCAACCUCAACACCACAUACCACCUCAACCCAGCUCACACCCAUUCUCUCUGGUCAGUAAAUAAACUCUCUGAUUUGUCACCUCUAUGUGCUUGCCUUAGAGACAUUGUUACCCCCACAAAUCCAUCCUCUACCCCGCGCGCACAAGAAAUAUUCUUCCCGGAGGGUUUCUGAAAGAUCUGCUAACACCCUCUACUGCAGACAUACCACCCAACAUGUCGAACCCACGUAUCGAAGAGCUCCCAGAUGAGGAGCCAGCCAAGAAUGUCACCGCAGAGGACGAGGCGUCAGAAGACUCCGAUUCUGAGGUUGAGACUGGAGAGGCCGAAAUUCCAGCUGGUGGGGCUGUCGUCCACUCUCGUAACGAGAAGAAGGCGCGCAAGUCAAUUGGCAAACUUGGUCUCGUCCGUGUUCCUGGUAUCACCAGAGUCACUUUGAGACGACCAAAGAACGUAAGUGUUGUUCAAUUUCGGGGUCAACAGGAGGACGCAUCUCUGUGCGGCACACGAGACUCGGCCAUUUCGUCAUCCCUCUUUUUCUGCUUCCAGGAGUCGCCUUGAUACUGGGGAAACAAAAUGCUAACUUUCACUGUAUAGAUCCUCUUCGUUAUCAACCAGCCAGAGGUUUACAAGUCCCCAACCAGCAACACUUACAUGUACGCAUAACCCCACCAUAGCAUCCAAGAACCCACACUGACAUUUUGGACAGCGUCUUUGGUGAGGCCAAGAUUGAGGACUUGAACUCCCAAGCUCAAGCUUCUGCUGCUCAACAACUUGCCGCUGCCGAGUCCCACGACCACGCCGGACAUGAUCACUCUGGACACGAGCACAGCAACGACCACGGAAAGGGCAAGGCCGUCGAUACCGGUGAUGAUGAUGACAAGAAGGAGGAGGAAGAGGACGAUGGAGAGGAAGUUGAUGCCACAGGACUCGAGGACAAGGACAUUGAGUUGGUCAUGACACAGGCAAGCGUUUCACGGAAGAAGGCUGUCAAGGCUCUGAAGGAGAACGAUAAUGAUAUAGUCAACUCCAUCAUGGCACUGAGCAUAUAGGGACACCAUAACUUGCCA